AUGGAAAAGGGAAACAUAGAUGAUAUUUGGACAUUUCAAAAAGUCGGAACACCUUUCCCAUCAAAUGUAGCAAAAGCGCCAGGGGAAACAAAUAAAUACGUUGCAUUGUGGUACAAACAUGGGAAGCCAGUGAUGGGAAGAGCAUGGAACGAUUCUGGAGUUGUCAAAUGUACAUUCGUAACGGAUAACAAGAUCUACAGUGGUCCAGAUGUUGGUGGAAGUAUUCAGUUACUUGUUAUUGAUCCUGGAGAAAAACCCCGCCCAUUUCAUUACGAUUGGGUUAAUUAUAAAAAAGCACAAAGUUUGACAAUAGAAGGAAAAUAUGAAAUGGUUCGAUGCGAAUACAGUGCAUCCGUUUAUUGGCCAGAGCACGGUCUUCUCGGAUGUGUCAGUACUAAUCGACUCGUCGCUUAUUUUGUGGAUAAUGAUUCUCAAAUUAUUAGUACGAAGAAAAUGGAUGAUUUGCUUGUCUUGUGUAAAAUAGCUGGAGCGAAAGAAGCACAUGCACCUGAAAAGGAUAAAGAGAAGAGUUCAGUUGGGUAUAGUCUCCGAUUGUCUACUCAUAUCAACGAUUGGGAAGAUUUCAAUUGGGGCAGUCCUUGGCCAACUAAUAAAAAUGUGAUGUCCACGCCGAAAAACAUUUCUCCCGUUGGAUUCGAUCAGUUCGUUGCAUUAUGGUAUCGUCAUGGAAAACCAAUAAUGGGAAGAGCGUGGCCGAAAAAUGGCAGAAUAGAAGCGUCGUUUGUCGAUUCCAAUCGGGAAUUCACAGGAGCAACAGUGGGUUCACUUCAACUUCUGAUCAGCCUUCCUCCUACUACAGUAGGUUAUGAUUAUGUUUGGAUGGCUUAUGGACAGGCAGUUGAUUAUCGUGACAAAGAUUAUGUCCCAGUACAUCUCAGCUACAUAUGCCCAGCAGUUGUCCCAGUUAAUGGAAAACUUAUUUUAGGACAGGUGAACAUGAAGACCGAGUGUGCCACGGUGGCAUUGGACGGAACGGUGACUCAGUUGGAUGGUGGACCCGUCAAGUCGAUAUUUGUGCUCUGCAGGCGUGAAAUGGCUGAGACGAUGCUCAUUUGA